GUUGAUCUUCACUGACAGUUUGUGUUUGUGUGUCAGACACAGAUGAACGACAGAGAUCAGCUACACACUUUAUCAAACUGUGAUAUUCUGGUUUAUCAGAAACACACAACGAUGAAGAAAAUCAGCUCGAUGUUCUCAACACUACAGGAGAAACUGCACAGAGCCAAGAGCGUGUCAGACGCGAGCACACAUCACACGGGUCAGGCGAGUGCAGCGCCCCCAUCAGCUCGUGACAGGACACACAGGGGUCAGCUCUUCUUUGAGUAUCUGCUGGUGGUCAGUCUGAAGAAGAGGAGAGAUGGAGACGGUUAUGACCCUCAGAUCAUAUAUCAGUUCCCCAAGCGUGAGGUGAUGUGUCGUCUGCAGCGUGAGGAAGAGGAGCGAUGCAUGAAGGCCGUUCAUCUCUUCUGCUUUCCGGAGGGCAUCAACUGGGUUCCUCUUACACAAUACCACAGUGAGACCUUCUCAUUUGUUUUGACUGAAGUUGACGGCAGCAGGAGAAACGGUUACUGCAGGAGAUUACUGCCCAAUGGAUCAGGUGCUCGAACUCUUGAAGCGUACUGCAUCAUCAGCCGUGUGGCCUGCUUCGGACUCUUCUCAAAGAUUUUUGACGAGGUGGAGAAGCGAAGACAGAAAUCAAAGGCCAUGAUUUAUCCCUUCAUGCAGAGUCUGCGUGAGUCUCCUCUGCCGGCGCCCGGAAACACCGUCAAGAUCACCAGCUUCAUCCCAGAGUCUGGAACAGAGGUCAUCAGUUUGACUCGUCCGGCUGACUCCUGGCUGGAACACGUGGACUUCCAAACGCUCUUCCGCUGUCUGACGGACGAAGAGGUGCUGCUGGUGUUCACCGCCGUCGUGAUGGAACGACGGAUCGUCUUCCUCUCAGAGGAGCUCAGCACUCUCUCUCAGGUUCUUCACGCCGUGGCCGCUCUCUUGUAUCCGUUCGUCUGGCAGCACACGUUCAUCUCCACAGUUCCUAAAGUUCUGAUCGACGUGUGUUCGGCGCCGACGCCGUAUCUGCUGGGCGUUCAGAAGAACAUGCUGGAGCUCAUCACGGAUCGCAGUGAUCUGCUGAUUGUUGAUCUGUCGAAUGGAGCCAAAACAAAAUUCAUCACAAAAUUAGGAGAUGAGGAGUCGAUCUUGCCAGUUAAACUCAAGGAGGAAGUGUUGCUCGUUCUGUCAGCACGCAAACACAAUGCCUGCACAGAUGAACUUAAUAAGGUGGUGUCAGAGGCGUUUCUCCUGGUCUUCAUCAGAAGUGUGGGUCAUUUCUCACAACACUUCAAACGCUGCGGCAGCGGACGACAGUUCCAGAAGAAAUCUUUCCUCAAAGGCGUGGAACACAAAUCUCAUCUCAACUUUGUCACGCAAUUCAUCCAGACGCAGAUGUUUGAUCUGUUUAUACAGGAGGAGGAGACGCAGACAAACCCCAAUGGUACACAACACACACUUUUAUACUAUAUAAACUGUCUAUUUAGAAACAAACACACACUCAGAAACAUACAUGUUCAUGUUCAUGUUUUUAAGUGAUUACAUCAUGAAUUCUUGUUACUCAAAGCAGGAAUCUCACAAAACCUGUAAUGAGUUUAAAGAAACACUCUACAACUAUUUUUAGAACCAUUAAGAUGUUUAAGAUUGUUACACUGUUUCCGUCACAAUUUAUGACAAUUUUGAAAAGAUCCAACAAAAAAAUCGUAUUUAUAUAGCUGAACUGAGGAAUAAAUAAAUCAGGAGAAUUAUAUAAAUAAUUAAUAUAAAUGUAAUAGAUAAUAGUAUUUUUUUCUU